AUGACUGUGAUUGAUAUUACGGGCAACUCUUCUAAGGAAAGUACUGGUUUUGUGAUAACUCUAAUGUGUAAAAUCGAUAGAACUGAUCAUAAUUCAUUAGGGACAUUGACAGCAAUUGUUGUUGACUGUGUUAAUUCAGAAUAUUCACCUAAUGAUUCAAAUGAAUAUUUAUUAGAAUGGAUAAAAGAAAAUAUAGAUCUAGAAUAUUAUGUUGUUAUAAAAAUAAUGAAAUUAUGUAGUUCAUUAACUUCAUAUCGUCAUGCAAUCAAUGAUUGA